CCUAGAAGAAUGGGGAGAGGGAAGAUUGCGAUUAAGAGGAUUGACAAUUCAACAAACAGGCAAGUCACUUUCUCGAAGAGAAGAAGUGGUUUGCUCAAGAAAGCCAAGGAGCUUGCCAUCCUCUGUGACGCUCAAGUUGGGGUCACCGUCUUCUCUAGCACCGGAUUUAAUUUCGUUUUCGGCUCCUCAAACAUGAAGUCAAUUAUUGACCGCUACAAUAAACAAAAAGAUCAGGAACACCAUCUGCUUAUGAAUCCAGCUUUCAGGAGCAUUGUGAGGAGGAACCAAGGAGAAGCUUUGUCCCUUGAAGUAACCCAGUGGACAAGUGUUAAAAAGUUUUGGCAGAGAGAAGCAACGGUCUUGAGACAACAGCUGCAACACUUGCAGGAAUUGCACAGGCAAUUCAUGGGUGAACAACUUUCUGGUUUGGAAAUUGACGAAUUGAAAAGUUUGGAAAAUCAACUGGAGAUGAGUUUGAAAAACGUUCAGACCAAGAAGGAUCAAAUUUUGACAGAUGAGAUUAAAGAGUUACAACACAAGGCCACUAGCCCUGGCUCGGAAAAAGCUCCCAUUUUCGGAAACCUCAUUCAAUCCGAAAAACCAGUGCUCUAUAAUUUUAUCCAAAUGGCACAAACUCUUCCAAUUCAUGGCCAACCAGCGAAAGGAAUCCUCCCUGCUUGUCCAAUCGAUGGGUAG